ACCCCUUGUUUUCUAUACCAGUAAUUGUGUGCUUUGUCUUGCAAUUCAGACAUUUACAAAAAAAUCUAAAUCACCUUAAAUUAAGAUUUAUGUUAAAUGUGGUCUAAAACCAGCAGAGUUAUGUAUUGUUUUCUUUUUUAGAAUGAUUUUAUUCAAGCAAGCAACUUAUUUCAUUUCCUUGUUUGCUACAGUUUCCUGUGGAUGUCUGACUCAACUAUAUGAAAACACCUUCUUCAGAGGUGGGGAUGUAGCUUCCAUGUACACCCCAAACGCCCAGCACUGCCAGAUGAGGUGCACAUUCCACCCAAGGUGUUUGUUAUUCAGUUUUCUUCCAGCAAGUUCAAUCAGUGACAUGGAGAAAAGGUUUGGUUGCUUCUUGAAGGAUAGUGUUACAGGAACCCUGCCAAAAGUACAUCGAACAGGUGCAAUUUCUGGACAUUCCUUAAAGCAAUGUGGUCAUCAAAUAAGUGCUUGCCACCGAGACAUUUAUAAAGGAAUUGAUAUGAGAGGAGCCAAUUUUAAUGUAUCUAAGGUUAGCAGUGUUGAAGAAUGCCAAAAAAGGUGCACCAAUAACAUUCGCUGCCAAUUUUUUUCAUAUGCCACGCAAACAUUUCACAAUGCAGAGUACUGGAACAAUUGCGUAUUAAAGUACAGUCCCGGAGGAACACCUACCGCUAUAAAGGUGCUGAGUAACGUGGAAUCUGGAUUCUCACUGAAGCCCUGUGCCCUUUCAGAAACUGGUUGCCACAUGAACGUCUUCCAGCAUCUCGCGUUCUCAGGUGUGGAUGUCGCCAGGGUUCUCACUCCAGAUGCUUUUGUGUGUCGAACCAUCUGCACCUGUCACCCCAACUGCCUCUUCUUUACAUUCUAUACACAUGCGUGGAAAAUCGAGUCACAAAGAAAUGUUUGUCUUCUUAAAACAUCUGAAAGUGGCACACCAAGUUCCUCUACUCCUCAAGAAAACACCAUAUCUGGAUAUAGCCUUUUAACCUGCAAAAGAACUUUACCUGAACCCUGCCAUUCUAAAAUUUACCCGGGAGUUGACUUUAGAGGAGAAGAAUUGAAUGUGACUUUCGUUAAAGGAGUGAAUGUUUGCCAAGAGACUUGCACAAAGAUGAUUCGCUGUCAGUUUUUCACUUAUUCUUUACUCCCAGAAGACUGUAAGGAAGAGAAGUGUAAGUGUUUCUUAAGAUUAUCUUUGGAUGGUUCUCCAACUAGGAUUACGUAUGGGACAGAAGGGAGCUCUGGUUACUCUUUGAGAUUGUGUAACACUGGGGACAGCUCUGUCUGCACAACAAAAACAAGCACACGCAUUGUUGGAGGAACAAACUCUUCUUGGGGAGAGUGGCCCUGGCAGGUGAGCCUGCAGGUGAAGCUGACGGCUCAGAGGCACCUGUGUGGAGGGUCACUCAUAGGACACCAGUGGGUCCUCACUGCUGCCCACUGCUUUGAUGGGCUUCCCCUACUGGAUGUUUGGCGCAUUUAUAGUGGCAUUUUAAAUCUGUCAGACAUUACAAAAGAAACACCUUUCUCACAAAUAAAAGAGAUUAUUAUUCACCAAAACUAUAAAGUCUCAGAAGGGAAUCAUGAUAUCGCCUUGAUAAAACUCCAGGCUCCUUUGAAUUAUACUGAAUUCCAAAAACCAAUAUGCCUACCUUCCAAAGGUGACACAAACACAAUUUAUACCAACUGUUGGGUAACCGGAUGGGGCUUCUCGAAGGAAAAAGGUGAAAUCCAAAAUAUUCUACAAAAGGUAAACAUUCCUUUGGUAACAAAUGAAGAAUGCCAGAAAAGAUAUCAGGAUUAUAAAAUAACCCAACGGAUGGUCUGUGCUGGCUAUAAAGAAGGGGGAAAAGAUGCUUGUAAGGUAAUGCAUGAGAUUAUGAAGAACACAAUAGGCUGCUUGAGGAAAUUCAUUUCAAAAUAUAUUUUCCAAUAG